AAGUGUUUGUCUAAGUGGCGUUUUUUCAUUCUCUCUGUGCCUAUAGGAUACUGAGACUGGGCGUGUGAGGUUUUAGCCCAAGAUAGUUAAGGUUUUGUUGACUUGAAAAUGAGGGUGACUAAAAAUUAAAGCAGGGAAGCUAGGAAUUCCCCCACUUCGCUACCCCAGAAAUCGUCCUUUGAUAGUAUUACUUUACUCAUGGCGUCUGCUAUGUCUGUCCUCAAGGCGCUUCCUCAAAUUUAGAAGCAAAAAGACUUUAACAAGACAAAAAUCGAUAGCCUGUUACUUUAGCAGUUGGAGUGGAAAUCAAUUAAGUCAGCUGAGGAAAAAGAGAGUAAUGGGAUCUCUUCAAAAUUCAAAUCCAUAAUUUUUAAAGGGCAGGGGAAAAGCUGGACCUCAAUUUUUUAAACAUAAAAUAAUGAGAUGCUAGCAACUGGGUGGCUGUUUAUGAGUCUGUUCAACUAAUUUUUAUUACAGUACUUAAGGGAAUAAUGCUGACCUCAGCGAACUCAACGAUUAGUACUUUUGGACUGAUUACUUUUUUAGUCCUUUCAUAGGACCCAUCAGUUUAGAAAAUUGUUCUAUUUGAUUAGCAAUAAAGUACAUAAUUUGAAUACUUUUUUUUAAGUGGGUAAACUUUAAUCAUAGUAAGUUUAACAAAAUAGCACUCUAGUUAGAGGCAAAUGAUACUGGAACGUUCCAACAGUUUAACAUCCGCUCCCCUCUCCCCCAUUUUAGCAAGGCUGGUAAUGGGACUUAAUUUGUUCAAUUCACUGCCAGAGCCUUGCUUCUUUAGCCUUACUUUUAAUUACUGUGUCGUCUGUGCUGGAGCUAGAGUUGAAUGAUUUUACUCCAGAAUCACGCUGGCUUGAAUCAUCAGCUGAUAUUAUACGAAACAGAGCUGGAAAAAGAUGGAAAUAGAGUGGUUACCAGUGACUCAGAAACUGAGCUUCCGAAAAUUUAUUGAACAAUCUGACUUACUAGAAGAACUUAAAUAUGACUUCAAUGAAAAAGCUGAAUUGAGACACACUGAGACACAUGGGCCUUUUGCCUUUAACUAUUAUAAAAAUGUCCUGGAGAGGAACAGCAAGCGCUACUGGGCCCUGGGCCAUUUGCUUGAACAAUACAUUUAUGAACUUUUGGAGAAAGUGUGCAAAUUACAAAAAGUAUAUAUCCCACCAGAGGCUGAUGAGGAACCAAGAAGCUUCUUUUUCAUGAGUGAGAGAGCAUUAUCAAAUCAUCAUUCUGCUCUUCUUGUCCUUCUUCAAGACCACGGGGUCGUUAGAGCUGGUCAGUGGAGUCAGCAGGCAAUAAUACAUCAUGGUCUCCAACAUGGAAGUCAGAUACCGUGUAUUCAGAUGGCACUGCAGGCACAUUAUGAUGUAAUUGUGCUAAACCCCAAUGACAAUUUUGUGGACCAGCAGACAGGAAAAGAGUGGAAAGGACUUUUAACACAAAAUGUUGAGUUCUCUUCCAGAAAAAUGGUUCAGACAGAGAGCUUCUCUCUCCAGGAGUCUCUCCAAUGUAUUCCAAAAAGAUGCAGCAACACCCCUGAAGAACACAUGGCUUAUAUUUGGGAUUACUUCAUUUCAAAGACUGAAGGCAAGGAUGUUGCCUUCAUUGUACAUGGUUAUGGAGGCUUGGUUUUUAUGGACUUGCUUGUUCGUAAAAAGUGGGACGUGAUGAGCAAAGUAUACGCUGUUGCACUUAUUGACUCUGAACAUCACGUAGGACACCAGUUGGGAAGCGAUGUCCAGUUAUUAGAAUGGAUAAAGCAGCACUGCCGUGAAUGGGUGACAAGUCCAAAGCCUUUGGAUAAACCUGCAACAACCAUUUUGAAAAAGGAGUUUCCUACAGUUUCUGCUGGUACAGAAAAACACAACUUAGCCCCUUCCUCUAGCCUUCAGUCUAUUUUUAAAUACUUUAGAAAAGCUUUGAAAGCCAAAGCAGCUAUUAAUUUCUCUCGAGUGUCCAUAGUGACUAGAAGCUCCACAAAAAGAAAGCAAAGUGCUUAAGUUACUUUUUUUGUCAUCUAAGAUUGUUUUGUUCUACUGAAACUUUGCUAAUGUAGGUGCUAGAAGAGAAGAACACUUCCAACUCACAUGCAGUGUUAUGUUCUGACUUCAAGUCUGAUUUGUUGACUUUUUUUAAGUAAAUAUGUUCUGCAAAUAUGUUCUGUAGCCUACUGAUGAACCAGGAAGUCAGUACCAUCAUUAAUAUUUUACAAUAUUAGUCAAAGUAGUGUUGUUAGACAAUCAUCUUAGGAAAAGAUUUCAUAUGGUUUAAUAGAAUGACGCCAAAACUAUAAUUGAUAGAAAUUAAAUAUUAAGUCAGUCUUUGACUUCUGUAUUAUUAAUGCUAUAUUAAAAUUAUAAAUGAAAAUAAAAUUAAGUAUCAUAAGGCA